UAUAAUUGCUCUAGCUGCCUACGAGAUGCCACUGCCACCUGCCCCUUUUCCUCCCUUCCUUCCUUCCUUGAGAACCGCCAGCUUCAGCUUCGGAGCUCCUUCCUCCACUCGCAUCUCUCGCUAAUUAGGCAGCCAAGCAGAAUCUAGCUAGCCUAGGUUGUUUCGGGCGUCCAUGGCGAGCACGAGGAAGGAGGCCCCGGGGCAAGAGCGGGAGGAGAAGCAGGGCGGAAAGGUGUACUCGAAGAUGCUGUCCAAGGACGCGGCGGCGGCGCUGGCGGUGCCGUCGUUCCGGGUGUACUACGGCGUGGCGUCGGCGGGGUCCGUGCCCUUCCUGUGGGAGUCGCAGCCGGGCACCCCCAAGAGCUCCCCCUCCGCCGCCGGCGCCCUGCAGCCGCCCCUCACCCCGCCCCCCUCCUACUACGCCGCCGCCGGUAAGAACCAGGGCCGCGGCGGCGGCGGCGGCUCCUAUUCCGGGACCCGCUGGCUCGCCUUCCUCCGCCGGAAACGCCGGACGUCCUCGCCCUGCUCGUCUUCUUCCUCCUCCGCGGCGUCAUGGUCGUCCUCGUCCACGGCGUCCAUGUCGCCCGUCUUCACGGUCCAGUCCUCGCCCGCUCAGCGGGGCCACCGGCGCGCGUUCUCGGCCUGCGACGAGAUGGAGGCGGCGGCGGCGGCGGAGUGCGAGAGGAGGAGGAGGGGCUGCGGCGUCGCGGUGGCCGUCCGGAACGCGCUCGCCACCGUCGUCGGCCGCCGAGCCACCAGCGCCGCGGCGUAGAGCAGAGCAGAGGAGGAAGAAGAUGAAGCUACUACUAGCAGAUGUUUAAAUUUCGGAAUACCCAGGGUGUGCUUUGCGUUUUGUUUUCUCGUCCUAGUAGUAUAAAAAAAAGAAAACGAAUGUACUUAACCUUGCAUCAGCAGUGUGUAAACAUAACAAGAUAAUCAGUAAUAUCGUGUGGGCAUGAUGUAUGUACGUAGUACUUGUGUAUCGGCAACCGUAUAAUUCGUGCAUCACCUUGCAUAGUUGCAUUUAUACGGUUGUAUAUCUGCAUCUGGUCAUGCCAGGCCUGUACGUACAUUACAUAAUGCAAAUAUGUGUUUUGUACUCCUGCAAUAUCUAAAGAAUAUGAGGUGUUGCAGAUGAGAAAUUCUACAA